UUAAGGAAGAGACGAAGAAGGAGGAAGACUUGGCGUGCGUGAUGAGAACCGUUAAGUGAUUGGUGUGACGUGGCUUCAUCAUAGCUCUCGAUUGACUAUUCAUCGAAAUUCCUUAUUUGCCAUUCCUUAAUCCUUUCCGUUCUUCUCUUCUCUUCUCUUCUUCUCCUUCGCAUCUCCUUCUGAAUCUCGCUUCGUUUCUCCCUCCCAAUCGCCAGGUGCGUUACGCCGUUUUCUUUGCACGGAUCCGACAAUUUUCAAUCUCAGCGCAAUCGAUUCGUCGUCGUUUCCAACGUUCACGUCGCUGUUCCGUUUUGCAGUGAUUUGAGGCUGCGAAUUUUCAUGCAUGACUGAUUCCGAAAGGUUCCUUGCGAUUUGGAUCGAGAUAUGGACACUGUGAUGGCCUCAGCCGUCAUGAAUUUCAUGAACGCGACGUUGGAUUGCGUCAAGUUUGCGUUGGACGCUCCUUCUGCGCGAGCUGUGGUUUUUGGAGUCCAUAUCGGGGGACAUUUGUUCAUCGAGGUUUUUCUGCUGGUGGUCAUACUUUUCUUGCUUUCACAGAAAAGUUACAAGCCUCCUAAAAGGCCAUUAACAAACAAGGAAAUUGAUGAGUUAUGUGAGGAAUGGGUUCCAGGACCCCUUAUUCCUUCUCUUGAUAAAGAGUUGCAGUAUGAACCGCCAGUGCUGGAGAGUGCUGCUGGGCCACAUACCAUAGUUAAUGGAAAAGAAGUUGUUAAUUUUGCUUCAGCAAACUAUCUUGGUUUUAUUGGUCAUCCAAAGCUACUUGACUCAUGUUCUUCUGCUUUAGCGAAAUAUGGUGUUGGUUCUUGUGGUCCCCGUGGGUUUUAUGGGACAAUUGAUGUCCACCUUGACUGUGAAACAAGGAUAGCAAAGUUUUUAGGAACCCCUGAUUCAAUUCUGUACUCUUAUGGACUUUCCACCAUGUUCAGUGCAAUUCCUGCUUUCUCUAAGAAAGGAGAUAUAAUUGUAGCGGAUGAAGGAGUCCACUGGGGAAUACAGAAUGGCCUUUAUCUUUCUAGAAGCACAGUGGUGUAUUUUAAGCACAAUGACAUGGACUCUUUAAGAGAAACUCUAGAGAAAAUUACUACCAAAUACAAGCGGACCAAGAAUUUGAGGCGUUAUAUUGUUAUUGAAGCUGUCUACCAGAAUUCUGGCCAAAUAGCACCCUUGGAUGAGAUCAUUAAAUUGAAGGAAAAACAUCGUUUUCGUGUUUUGCUGGAUGAGAGCAACUCAUUGGGUGUGCUUGGAAGUUCUGGAAGAGGUCUCACUGAAUACUAUGGAGUUCCGGCUGAGAAGAUAGACAUUAUAACUGCCUCAAUGGGACAUGCAUUGGCUACAGAAGGAGGAUUCUGCACCGGAAAUGCAAGAGUUAUAGAUCACCAGCGAUUGAGUAGCUCUGGUUACGUAUUUUCUGCUUCUUUACCCCCUUAUCUUGCAAGCGCUGCAAUUACUGCUAUUGAUGUCCUGGAGGAAAAUCCCAAUCUAAUAACAAAGCUGAAGAGCAAUAUUACGUUGUUAAGGAAAGGAUUGUCAAAAAUACCAGGCAUCACAAUUGCAAGUAACCCAGAGUCGCCCAUUGUUUAUUUAAGAUUAGAGAAAUCAACUGGUUCCAUGAAAGAUGACCUAAAUCUGCUUGAAAAUAUAGCCGAACGGGUUUUGAAAGAAGAAUCUGUAUUUGUGGUGACUUCCAAAAGAUCAACAUUGGACAAAUGCCGUUUGCCUGUAGGAAUUAGAUUGUUUGUUUCUGCAGGGCAUUCAGAGUCUGAUCUGCUCAAGGCAUCUGAAUCAUUGAAAAAGGUUGCAGCAUCAGUCCUGGGUGGUCAUAAUUGAACGCUCUACACCUUUCUUUUGCAUCUUACUAUGUACCGAAACAUAAGUUCUAUUCCAUGUUUAGGUGAGCAAUUUUGAAAUCCAGGCAAUAGAUAUAGUCCUGUAGUUCGUAACUUGUGUAGUAUUUUCUGUUCUAGUUUAGGGUAACAGUCUUUUGCGCGUGUUGCUCAUUGGUUGUCUAAAGUCGUAGAAUAAAUAUUUAAUGUUUCUUUUCUUGAGCUGGGGAAUAUGUCUAUGAAUUACAUUGAUAUCAAAAGUAUCAAUAUUACAUUUUUCAUUAGUUUAGCUGUUCCACAGUAAAGCUGGCGAAGGUCCUUACCAUU